GUAGUACUCGGUAGCAGGAGGAGGAGGAGAAGGAGGAGGAGGAUUUGAAAGGGCCGAGCGCGCGCUCACUAUAUAGGCCAUCGAUCGAUCGGUUGACAGCCGUUAAUUGAUUGAUUGAUUGAUUGGUUACAAUGGGGAAAAGUGACGUUCGCAAGACCAUCCGCGCGUUGAAGUAUUCCUUCAUUGCCAGUGAAGAGGGUGCUCAGGAGCUAGAGCCAUGGCAAAUCAAGCGCGUGAUGGAGCUGAACAACUACAAGCCGGGUGACAACCGGCUUUCAUGGGAUGAAUGGAAAGCCAAACAGAAGGCCUCUCAACUCACGCCAGAAGAUUAUGAGAUCUUACAAGUGGAUGCUCUUUAUGAUGAGUUACGACAGCAAUUGAGGGAUGUAAAAGGCAAAAGGAAUAAGGCUAAAAUGAGUAAAGCCAAACUAGGAGCUAGGAGGCAGGAGUUAGGAGAACUGGAAGCACUAGAUGAAUCAACACUGGAUCCUGUGGUCAAGUCACUGCGUCGCUCGCUGCUUUGCGUGGUUGAAACACAGGUAGUGCAGCAGGAAUUGUUGGCCGAGUUAGUGGCCGACCAGAAUUGCACUCUGGCAGCACUGCAGGCUCCUCGUCCCAUGAUGAGACAACCGCAGUACUCUGUAGCUCCCUGUACGGUUGCGGGUCCCUCAGUGACGCCGUCGCCGGUAGGGCCCUCUUUCUCUCCCAUGUUUAGUAUGCCUCUCACAAGUGGUGUAGCAGCAGCUAGUGGUCAGGUCCUUAGGACUUCUCCCCUACCACCAGUGACGGUUGCAGCUACAGUUCAGCCGUCAGGAAAGCCUCAGGUUAGCGUGCAGCAACCUGUCCCAGUGGUUACACAGCCACUGCAGCAAACACCCGGGGCAAUCCAACCCAUGCAAUGGAUGCCCAAGAUCCCCUUGCUGAGUCCUAAACCCUUAUCUGGCGACAAGAAGAGGGAGGACGACCUGGACACUUGGCAGCUUGGCAAUCGUUGGAUGGGUCACGACACUACUCCUGUCGGCGACUCAGUCAAAUCUUUGAACUCUUCCAGCAGCUUGGCAAUCGUUGGAUCUGUGGAAGUCACCUCUUCCCUAGCCUCAGUGACAGGUAUUAAAGCUCAUCAGGAUGCUGAGAUUGUGAAAGAACGAAGUAAGAACGAGGAGGAGGAAUGGAUUAAGAAGGAGAAUGAAGAAGAGGAACGGAGAUUACGAGAGAAGAAAGCACGUGAAGACUUUCAGUCGGAAAUGAAGAAGGAGAUCAGUAGUAAGGUGGAUACGGUUUGUGAAUUGCUUGAAAGUAAGAAAGGAAGUAAUGAAGACGAGGUUACCAAGAUGCGAAUAGAGAUUGAAGGUCUGCGCAAGGCACUGCGUAAUGGCAAUGGGGUGUCAACCUCUGAGAACACUUUUGACAAGUACAAACGGGAAUUGGAGGAGGAGAGGUUGAGAUCUGAUCGUCGUCUUGCUGCCAUGGAAGAAGAAAUCGCAAGGUUGAGAACGGUCAAUGAAGAAGCUGUUGCCGCUGCUGAUGUGUGGAAGAAUGAGGCGCUCCGUCCGGGCAACAAGCGUGGUAGCAUAGACAUGGGAACGCUCAAGACCGAGACACAGCGACUGGACCAGCAGGUGGGGGCCGCAACCACACCGAGCUCAGCGCCUCGUGAGAGCAUCCCCAAAUUUGAGGGGCUCCCGAUUUUCUGUGAUGCAUCGAAGAUGAAGCCUACACCUUGGUGGCGCCAGUUCGAGUUAAAGCUGGACAUCCACCACGUUGUCCACACAAACCGGCACGCAUACUUGUACUCUCGGUCAGGAGGUGCGUGCCAAGCAUGGUUGGACAACAUGUUGUCCGCACAUGCCUGUAUAGUCUCCAAGUUACACAACUUCAUCACCUGGGCCGAUCUUACUGCCGCAUGGAAGAAGCGUUUCCAAGUGGAACCGCCCGAGCAUCAGGCGAUGGACAAGCUGCUGACAUUCUCACAGAACAACAUGCCAAGUGGAGACUGGAUAUCUGAGUUCCAACGUCUGGCAAGCACGCCCAAGCUGCCGCUGAACUUCGACGACAUCAAGCUCUACUCCAUCAAGAGGUCGUGUCCAGCGUUGCAAAAUGCGUUAAUUGAGGUCGCUGAGAACCUCAACACAAGUGAGGAACUCUUCAACAAGGCGGUGCAGAUCAUUGUGACGAACUUGGAAGCCAAGAACAUUGGCCGUUCGUCGGUAGCCGGCCAGGGCGCGUAUCAGCAUCGGCCAAAAGUGGCCGUGGUCGCGGCAGCAACGCCAAGUGACCCUUCAACUUCAAACGAGGCUGCCUCUUCUGACGAGGGAGACAGAUUAGCAGCUGCCCAGAAUGGUGGCUGCCCCGCCAAAGGACGAGGACGCGGCAAAACGAAGACAAACACCACUUCUUCUGGGCCCGGACAAGCAGCUCCAGCUCAAGAACCUUGGACACAAUACGGGCUGACGGAGCGCGGGUAUCGCGUCCGCAACAAGUAUCGUUAUUGUUUGUGGUGCAACUGCGCGACACAUGAGACUGUGAACUGUCCCAUGAAAGCCAAGGGCCUUGCUCAGUCGGGAAAGUACCCUUGUUUUGAGUGGGUCGUCAUGCCUUUCAAACUCACCAACGCUCCGGCGACUUUUCAAGCGGCGAUGACCAACGAGUUCCGUGCAAUGCUAGACCGGUUCGUGCUGGUCUACUUGGAUGACAUCCUCGUCCAAGCCGGACCUUGGAGGAACAUCUCGAGCAUCUUCGACGAGUGUUGGAGACGCUCCGUCGCGCGAAUUUUUGUGAGAUACCGUAAGGGAGAUGAAGCGUCUUUGGUACGUGCUGUGGAAAUUUCGGACAAAUUUCCUUACGGAGAUGAAGCGUCUUUGGUACGUGCUGUGGAAAUUUUGGACAAAUUUCAGGAGAAGUACUUGAAGAAUAAUGCCAUGAGUAUGGAAGAGGAGGUGAAGAUGAAAGAGUACAAAGCACAACUUGAGGCAGAAAGGGAGAAAAGGCUUGCAGAGGGGAUCAAUCAUUCAGAUCUGAAGAAGAAGAAGAAGGAACAUGGGGGCUAUUAGAUGGACCUUUCUUGGUCAUUGGAGGUCAUUGGAACUGGUUGUAAUUGGAUAGGCCUUUAUUGUGCACAGAUGCUUACAAAUGAACAUGGGGUUCAUUGGAUGGGCCUUUUAAGAUUAGUGUAAGGACCAGCCCAAACACGGACUGAGAACACAGCUGAUUUCUGAGUUUUACCGCUAGAAUGAAUGCCUUGCUGAGAU